CAUGUGGUGUAGCCCCACAAGCGGCAGUCGUAGAUUGAAGCCUCAUGACAGCUGUCGAAGGAGCAGAGUCAUUGCUUGCCCGCAUCCGUUCGGGCGGAGUGGAUACGGAAGAAGACUUUUACGGCAUUCCCUACCAAGACGUAUUCUGCACAGGCAAAGCCUUGCAUGCAGCUGUCGGUGGUUCGAUUGGCCCAAAAGACUGCCGUGAAUGUGUGCAAGCCCUUUUGGACGCCAAAGCUGAUGCCAACACUGAGGCGACGUCGAGCGACAAAACGCUGAAAGUUCAAGCGCUUCACAUGGCGGCGUAUGCGGGCCAUUUCAGGGUUAUAGGGGAUCUUGUUCAUGCAAAGGCACAUGUUGACAUGCCAGAGACGGUGUUGAAGGGAGAGACUUCCACCUUCCGCAACACUCCCCUCCACAUUGCUAUCUGGUAUGGGGAACAGGCCACAGCUCUUGAGCUGCUACGAGCAAAGGCUGACGCCUCCAUUGAGAAUCAGGGCUUCACCGUGUUGCAUCAUGCAGCCAGGUGUGGAAAUGAUCGGAUUGUUGCGAGGAUGCUGGAGCUUGCUGACGACCCUCGAUGCUUGGCCCAGCUCCGAUCGCGCCACCGGAAUCGGUCGGCUUUGUUGCUGGCCGCUGAGGCGGGGAGUGUUCGCAGCUUUGAGCACCUUCUGAAGCACUCCAGGGAGGACGACCUUCGAGCGUGCUUGGACUUUGCCAUCCAGAACCGGCCGCAGAUCCUUUCCGCGUUGCUGGAAUCUGCGCCGGGGCUUGUGCUGAAGGAAGCCCAGGACGCCGCAGCGAUGGCGGCCCAGAUCAUUGGGAAGGUCGGCAGUUCAUGGGCCAAGGUUCUCGACAAGCUGGUUUGGUCCCCCAGAAGUUUGGUGGCCCGCCUGGCGGAGGAUCCCAGGCUAUCCAGGUAUGAGUCGAAGAACAUGAUGGUUUUUUGGCAGCUGGACUUCAAGAACCACUGGCACGGCAUGGCUCGCCUUACAGGCUCUGUCAGGACUGUGCGAUUCUCCAGCGAGGUCUUGAGCUUCGGAGCAAAGUCUGACAUGCAACGCAAGCAUGAUCUCCUGCAAAGGUUGAAGCAGUACGAGGAUUCCGACCAGGCUCCACAGGCAGUGUGCCUGCGGGUUCUUCCUUACGAUGCAAAUGAUCUAGCAACAGUUGAACUGAUGCAGGCAAUUGUGGCCACCAGAAAUCAUGAGAUGAUGGACACGCAAUUUGUUUCUGCAGUGCUUGCUGAUGCCUGGAGUCGUAUUUGGCCGUGGUACUACUGGCACGCUGGUAUUGCGCUUCUACAGGUCAUCUUCAUGUGCUUGAGCACGUGGAGUCUGAGCUACGGCCCACCGGAUUCAUUUUUUGUGACGGUCCUCCUCUUUGGGGUAGUGAAGCGAGGCAUUGAAGAAGUGUGGCGAGCGAUGCUGCUUGUGACGAAACGCCUUCUUGCCAAGAUGAAGGAGUUCCGCGGCAAGACACAGGAGCGCCGGAGUCUUUUCGGCAAGCUGGGGAGACAAGAAUUUCUUGACGUGAUGCUCGACGUGCCCCUGGACUGGGCAUAUUUGGCCUUCAGCUGUGUUGGCCUGGGUCGCCUGUGGGAUUUUCGAGAUCCGGAUCCAGGUGCAAAAGUGUGGGUUGCCACGUAUGUCACGCUGGUGUGGCUGUCUUUCCUUUAUUGGCUUCGUGGGCUGGAGUUGUGGGGCUUCAACAGGAAGCUCUUGCCGAUUCUGCGAGCGAUGCAGGGCAGCGGCACUGUUCUCAUGGUGGUGGCAUUGACAUUUUGCGCUGCUGCACACAGCUACUACAUCCUUGGGCAGGGCCGGAUGUCCAAUGAUGGGUAUGAUGCAUACCGCGCUUUCGAGCGGACGUUUCGUCUUGGCCUUUUAGGCGAUUUUGAUCUUACAGAACUUGAAUUCCUUGACUCGGUGCUUUCUGGAGAGAGUUCGUUGUGCGCAAGCGACGCUCCUGCACUUACAGAGGAGGAUCCAGAGCCAACGGCGGACUACAUUCCUAUCCGAUUGUUUUUCUAUUUGGUAGCAGUUGGGAUUAGUGUGGUGGAGAUGAAUCUGUUCAUUGGCGUGUUGGGCAAUGCUUAUGAUGAAAUCGCAAAGGAUAGUGCAAGACUGGCAACGCGUGAGAGAGCGCGGCUGGUCGUUUUCAUUCAUCAAAAUCCGUUUUUUCUGUUGUAUCACGCCCUGUGCCCCGGCUGUAGGCAGAGCAAGGAUAGCAAGGUGCAUAGCGCCAGCAAAGGCCGCAGCGAGGAGUCCAAGUUGCAGCCUGCCAUCCCCGCCCGGCGCGAUGGAGACAAGGACGAGCAUGGCGACGCCGGUCGUAGGGGAUGCUGGCGAAACGCGGAAGAAGACAAGAGGGCGGAGUGUGAGUGGCUGUUUGCCGUUUUCCGCGAUGCGGAGGGAGACAGGGACGAGCCCGAGCAAGACGGCCUUCCGGAAGACUUGUCAGACGACUUGUCCUAGACAUUGCGUUGCUCCUGCAUGCCGGGCCUAUAGCUGGGCUGCCGAAGGCCACAGGGCGGCCACUGAUGGCACCCAGGAAUCCUGCAGCAAACCACGGACUCUAUUCAAGCGCCGGCAGACGGAUAGCGUUUGAAGCAGCUUGGUGUGCCGAUUGAAGAGGUCACCGGCGAUCAGUUGAGCGCGCAGGGCGAUGCACCAUGACAUUCGUUCAACAGGCCCAAUGCAUUGGACCUCGCUGACGUCGGCUUCAGCUUCCAGUUGGCUUCAAGUUCCCGGUGGUCACAUGAGCAGCGUGCAGCGUUCUUGAUCCAAGUCGCGUAACGCCUGUGGCAACUGGGGG